UGACAUAACCUAACGAUCAUUUACGUCAUUUCGACUGUUGUAUUAGAGUAAUAAGAAUAGUAUAUAAAGAGUGCUGCUGUUUGCGGUCGAUAAUAAGAGGAGCUUGUAAAAUUAAUAAUUUUGUUCAAAAAAAAAGUUAUCGAAGUCAAGAUAAUGGCUUUUAUAUAUAACCUUUUUAAAAGAUCUUCUACAUUCACAUUGAGCAUUCUAGCAGCCACCUUUUUCUUCGAACGGGGAUUUGAUAUGAUUGGUGAUACAAUAUUCGACAGGCUGAAUGAGGGGAAACUGUGGAAACAUAUUAAACGACAAUAUGAAGAACAGUAAUGAAAAGUGUUAAUUAUGUUAUGUUAGAUGUGUAUGUUUGUGUAUAUCAUAUAGGUAUGCUAUUGUAUAAAUAAAGAGCAAUUCGAAUAAAAUAUAUUAAUUUA